GUCAGUGACGUGCACUUCAAGAGCGGGACCUGCCCUCCCGUCGCCAUUUUUUUUUAGCCUCGUACUCUCGCCGCUAUUAUUGAGUAAGGGCGGUAGAGGAGGAAUAAGACGAGAAAGUAUUUUGGGGGGGAAAUAAUUCAAAGCGAGCGAGGAGCGGUGAGGUACGCGCGCGGUGUAACGUGACAUGCACGCGCACGAGACCCGCCGCAGUUGUGCAAUAAUCUUCUCUCGGGUGAAGAAGACGUGUGGAGGAGGGCCGCCAUUUUUCUCCUUCGCCGCCUCGGAAGUCCGCUCCGACUCCAGAAGCGGGAUUUGAGGAGGCCUUUCCGCCCCGCGCGCCUCACGGUAAAGACCCGGAGAAGGUAAUGCUAAAUCCUUUUCAAACGGCGACCUUGAGCGGGCAUGAGGGAUUUUCAGACCAAGUGAGGACAUCCAUUCCUCUUCGUCGUCUUCUCAGAACAGACACUGAUCGCAGGAGAUAACUUACAAGAUCUUCUCGGAAGGAGGAAGCAAAAGGGGAAGCUUCACUGAGCAUUUGUUUCUUUGGUGGGCGUCCAUGUUUAUUUUUAUUGUCUUCCUGGACCCUGCUGACCACACUAUGGUCCAAAGUUGCUGCUGUUUGUGAACAUGUCCACUGCUCGCUUCGACUCCUCUGAUCGCGCGGCCUGGUAUUUUGGAUCCGCGUCACGCCAAGAGACGCAGAAUAGGUUGCAAGGACAGAGACAUGGCAUGUUUCUGGUUCGAGACUCGUCCACCUGUCCCGGCGACUACGUGCUGUCAGUGUCCGAGAACUCCAAAGUGUCUCACUAUAUCAUUAACUCCUUGCCCAGUAAGAGGUUUAAGAUCGGAGACCAAGAGUUCGAACACCUCCCCGACCUUUUGGAGUUCUACAAAAUCCACUACCUGGAUACGACCACGCUAAUAGAACCAGCACCCAGGUACCCAAGCCCAGUGUGUGGUCCCAUCCAGCCCAUGGUUGGCCAAGAAGAGAACCUGGAGUAUGUUCGGACUCUGUAUGACUUCACCGGCAGUGACGCAGAGGACCUCCCCUUCAAAAAGGGCGAGAUUCUUAUUAUCUUGGAUAAACCGGAAGAGCAGUGGUGGAGCGCCAAGAGCAAAGACGGUCGCGUUGGAAUGAUCCCUGUGCCCUAUGUUGAGAAAUUGGUACGACCCUCGCCCCACCCAGGCCAGCCCACCAUCGGAUCCCGCAACUCCAACAGCUAUGGGAUUCCAGAGCCUUCGCACGCCCUCGUCCACGCCUAUGCCCAGCCGCAGACCCCGUCGCCUCUUCCUCCCGGUACUCCCGGAGCCGUCAUCACCCCGCUCCCUUCGUUGCAGAACGGACCUGUCAUUGCGAAGGCCAUCCAGAAACGAGUGCCCUGCGCCUAUGACAAAACAGCUCUUGCUUUAGAGGUGGGCGACAUAGUCAAGGUGACGCGCAUGAACAUCAAUGGUCAGUGGGAGGGUGAGGUGAACGGACGAAGGGGUCUCUUCCCAUUCACCCACGUGAAAAUUCUAGAUCCCCAGAACCCAGAAGAGAGUGACUAAAUGACAAAUGGAACCUUAUUGCCUAGACCCAGCUGUACGUGAGUCUGCUGGUUGCCGUCUCUCUCCCUCUCCUUCCCACAGUGUCACCAUGUGCUUUUCCCUGCUAUGUGCUGUACCAUGACAAUACCCCCAACCCCCAAAAACCCUUCCCAUCUUUUAGCCGCUGUUGCAAGAUUUUUGCCACUGUUGCAAGAGGCUUUGACUGUUUACAUCUUUGGAUUGAACUAAACACCUGACUCCCCCUGACAAACAGUGUUCUUAGACCCGGGGUCCAUUAUCAUUUCCACCACUCUUAUAUGUUCAACAUGUAUAUUUAGACAAUUUUUGGGUGUGUAUGUUGCGUUUGCAAGUGAUUAUUUGUACAAAAGAACGGACUAUGGCAACAUGGAGCUCACAAGCUAUUCUAAUAUUUGAAGAACACUUUACGUGUUUGUGUGAUGGACGAAUCAUUGUUUGUGUUGACUUUGUGCCACCUGAUCAACGAGGAUGUGUGCAGGAAGGGGCAUGUUUGCAUGGCUUUGAGCACAACAAUGCUGUACCUAAAAAUGAGCUUGUUGACAUCGAAGCACUACAGCACUUCCCACUACAAUAUAGCAUGUCACAUCAUGAGGACCCCCACUCCGCAGGUGAGAACCGCCCCCAAAAAGUCUCAGUAAGCCAAUGAGAUCCCAGUAAAUGCCUUUAAGAAAGAUAUCUUUUGCCACAUUAAAGCCUGGUGUAUACUCUCGCGUCACAUAACUUGCGUAAGCGAAGCCGUCUUGGCCCCUCCCCCUGCGUCCCGCAACAUUUGCUUGAAAACGGAUAUGGUUUACUUCAUCUCAGUGCGCUAUAAAAAUAAUUACUGAGAAAGUCAGAACGUACGACACUCGUUAACUUUUAUUGCCAAAAAUCAAUAACUCAUGACCAUGCACAUUAACACAAGCAUGUUGUUAAAGUAGUUAACAGUUUUAUUUUCAAUUACAUGAUAGAACUCUAUUGUCUUGUAUCCUGAACAUCUGAAUGGCUCUGCAAAAAAAUAGCAUCCUCUGCAAUGCGACUAGUUCAGAAGUUGCACAGUCCAUCUUCCCAAAUGUAUUUUCCUCUGGUUUAUGAGUAGAACGUCAAUUAAAAGUAAACUGAUGAUUCUGAAUUAGUUCCAGUGUCCACAAAGAUGUCGAUGUUGCGGUUGUCAUCACUCUUUACAAGAAGGUAAAUAUCUAGUUAACGACAGCUGCGGUUGCUCCUUUUGGACACACUGCCUCUUAGUGUUUUGGAAGAGAAUUACACGUCUGGCGCCACCCCCAGGGAAGAACUAUAAAUCAAACAAGACAAAAGCUAUGUGACACGGGAGUAUAUUCCAGGCUCAAGUCUUCUCUUAAUGUUUUUAAAUGUGUACUCCUUGUCUAUUUAGGAUUUUUACCUAGCUUUAUUCUUUAUUCAUGCACAUGAUGGAAAUGUUGCCGUCAUUUCUAUUUUAAUCAUAUGGUGCGUCCGACCCCCGCCCGACAUAUCUGCUGUAAGAAAAAAAAGACUUGCCUCUUUCUCACCUCUCAAAUCGUUUUUCCCUUCACUUGCUCCUUUUAGUAUUUUUUGGGAAGUGUUCCUGUGAAUGCUAUUGAACAAAAGGGAAACGGCCUGCUGGUUGCCUCUCAGGGCAAAGGAGACGCUUGUGGCCAAAUGCUGCUUUAUGUCCUGUAUUUCCUGGUCCUUUAUGAUUUCAUAGCCUCUUAGUCAUGACUUGAUCAAGCCCUACUAAUUAAGCAAUACACCUGACAUUCAGCUGCCCUCUUGAAGUCACCUUCUCGUGCUUCUGAGUUGUUUAGUAAUGACAUUACCAGUGUUACUGUGUUACACUACCAGUAUUACUGUUACAUUACCAGUAUUACUGUUGCAUUACCAGUAUUACUGUGUUCCCAACUCUUAGAUAAGCCUGUAUUUGACUUCAGAAUAAAUAAAAAAAAUUGUGCCUUUUUAUUUUCAUAUACCAUUGACACGUGUUAAUAUUUCCCAUGGUUAACACCUGUGCUGGUAUUGACCCUUUAUGUACAGAACAAGUAAAUAAAAUUUACAUCUACUACUUUGAAGCGC